CGCGCUCACGAGAAGGGGACGCGCCUCGCGGCGGCGUUGAACUCCGAAUAACACCGGUGCUUAGUACAGUCCAUUUUGGGAUACAAAGCAAAUAUGAAUGAUUUUGCAGUCCUGAACACCGGGCGAAAGAUGCCUCUCGUAGGACUUGGAACAUGGAAGAGUGAACCUGGAAAGGUGAAACAGGCAGUUAUUUGGGCCCUUCAGGCUGGCUAUAGGCACAUCGACUGUGCUGCAGUUUAUGGAAAUGAAUCAGAAAUUGGUGAAGCUUUUCAGGAGAUGUUGGGGCCUGACAAAGCAUUGAGGCGAGAGGAUGUAUUUGUGACCUCAAAACUGUGGAACACACGACAUCACCCAGAGGAUGUGGAACCAGCUCUGCUCAAGAGCUUGAGCGAGCUGAAGCUGGAGUACCUUGAUCUGUAUCUUAUUCACUGGCCCUAUGCCUUCCAACAAGGAGAUAUGACUUUCCCUAAAAAGGAAGAUGGAUCCAUAAUAUAUGAUGAUAUUGACUACAAGGUGACAUGGGCUGCCAUGGAGAAACUUGUGGAAAAGGGACUUGUGAGGGCCAUUGGGCUCUCAAACUUCAACAGCAGACAGAUUGAUGAUGUCCUGUCAGUAGCUAAUAUAAAGCCAUCUGUUUUACAGGUGGAAGGCCACCCUUACCUGGCUCAAGUGGAGCUACUGGCUCACUGCAGGGACAGGGGGAUAGUGAUGACUGCCUACAGUCCACUGGGCUCUCCUGACCGAGCCUGGAAGAGACCAGAUGAGCCGGUUCUAUUACAGGACCCAGUCAUUUCUGCUUUGGCCAAGAAGUACAACAGGUCUCCUGCACAAGUCAUAAUCAGGUGGCAAACCCAGCGAGGAGUUGUGACAAUCCCAAAGAGUGUUACAGAGUCUCGCAUCAAGGAAAAUUUACAGGUCUUUGAAUUCACUCUGGAGCCUGAAGAGAUGAACAAUAUAUCAGAAUUAAAUAAAGGCUGGCGUUACAUACUACCAGUAAUUACUGUUGAAGACAAGCUUGUACCAAGGGAUGCGGGACAUCCACACUACCCCUUCAAUGAUCCUUAUUAAAACAUUCUGCUGCAAGAUUCUGUGCCUUCCACCCAACUUCAGUUGACCCCUCUGUAUACAUUACACAUUAAAUGUUUUUCUAAUUGA